AUGAAGCUCACGGCCACCUUCCUGGUGCUCUGCGUGACCCUGCUCAGCCACUCCACUGCUGCUCUCUUCGUGGACUCAAUAGCCAAGCCUGCAGCCCCAGCUGUGGCUGCCCUUGCCCCUGCCUCGGAGGAAGGGGCUGGGGCUGUGGCCAACCCCUUUCUCAACGUGUUCGACCCCCUAAAGUCCAUUCUGGCCAGCCUGGGAAUCUCCGUAGAGCAGCUCGUGGAGGGCUCCAGGAAGUGUGUUACCGAGCUGGGCCCAGAGGCUGUGGAGGCCGUGAAGGCUCUGCUGGGGGCCCUGACCCUCUUUGGCUGCACUGAGGCUGGAGUACCCCUGCCUGGGGACAAGAUGCUGGAGCCCUGCCCCCCUGACCAUCCCUGCCCUUCCCCUAUUCUCUCAAUAAAAACAGACAAGAGCAGCUUUCGGGUUGAUGUCUUCCUGCCUUGA